AGUCAAAAGCUUCGUGCGUUACGGAGCGAGCGGGAUACCGCUCGUAACACUCACCACUUUAUUCCGCCGAGUGUUACAUGUAAGCAUUAAAAAAGUAGCAAAGCAUGUCGAUGUGUCUUUAGAGGGUUAACAUUAUAUUUUCUUCAAUAGGUGUACGUCUGAUUUCUUGUUAACGGUAUCAACCAAUGUUUAGAGAUGAUAAACUUGUCACCACCAAGUUAUCGGCACGUUGAUGAUGGCGAGCGGCCGGUGAAUACUAAGAAAAUAUACUCCAGGAGGCCCUGGUAUGCUCUGCCGGUAGACCCAUCCGAUUUAGUGCCGAGAAACCAGGAUACCUCAGGGUAUAUUGAUUACAACGGACAAGAGGAACAGUAUUAUGAGCCUAAUCAGGAUUAUGUGGAUCCAGUGACGUCAAGACACGCAAACCUAGUAGAACAGUUUGAUACAGUGCCGCCCAAUACCAGGUUCGAACAAGGGCCGACCGUUGGAUCCGUUUCAGAGUUCUCUAUUGGAAAUGCUAUCAAUUUAAGAGAAGUGGCACUUGUGGCAUUGGGCGGCGCGGGCGCAGCCCUUGUGUUGCUGAUAAUAAUGGCGGGAGUAUUUGUGGUGCGCAGACGCAAGAACAGUCCAUCUCCAGCGCCGUCUCCACCUAUACUUGUGUACCCUCCCCAUGAUAUUGCCGGACCAUGCUAUAUGACAAAAGAAGUGAACUUCUCACUUCCUGCUCUGCGCUCGUCAUCGUUGGGUGAACUACGUGAGGUCGCCAGCGUCGGCAGUACUGGCAGCGAGGUGUUGUGCCCUCCUGUACCUACUCAACUACGAUCAAAUUCAUUUACAAAUACAGCCGACCUCGGAGUACUGGACCCAGCAUUAUACAAAUCUGAUUGUCUAGAUGAAGAUCUUCUAUGGCCAGAGGGACAUGUGGGACGAGUGUGGUUCACGCUGAAAUAUGAAUCGAGUACUGAAAGGUUACAAGUGCAUAUUAUCAAAGCGAAACACCUACCUUCCCGUACACCCGCACUGGCCAACGCAUGCGAUCCAUAUAUAAAGAUUCAAUUGAUGCCAGAUGAAAGACGAGUUCUUCAAACCAAACAGAAAAAGAAGACCUGCAAUCCUUUCUUUGAUGAAGCUUUUGUUUAUCAAAUUCCACCAGGCAAACUGGAAGGUCUGACCCUGAAGUUAUCUGUUCUCGACGUGGGAGGAGUUGGCAAAGGGAAACAGUUAAUUGGUCACAUUAUACUACCACUAAGCGAACUAGAGGGAGAUUCGCCGGAUGAAGAACCACAACUAUACAAACUUGAUAUAGAAAAGGAAUUGCAAGAACCCACAUCGGAUCUGGGCGAGAUAUUGGUGUCACUUCUAUAUAACGAAAAUUUACAUCGACUCACUGUCACAGUUAUAGAGGCACGAGCACUUAAGUUGGACCCGUCCUCGAACAAGCGCGAGAUGGUAGUCCGUGUGACACAAGAGCGAGCGUGUCGCGGUGUCCGUGCGCGACGCACCGCCGCCGUCGAGGUCGCUGAUGAUGGCAGCGCACUGGUCUCCGAGUGCUUCCACUUUAGGCUACGGCCUGAUGAACUGCAUACGACUAGUGUCACAGUGCAAGCGUUGCAGCCACACUCUGUGUAUGCUAAAGAUCGACUUCUUGGAAAAUUUGUGCUAGGGUCCUAUAUGUUUGCUAGAGGUCGAGCAUUGCAGCAUUGGAACUCCGCGCUGGCGACACCAAUGGAACAAGUUAAACAAUGGCACCCAUUGACUAAUUAAAUCUACUAACUUGGCCACAAUCUACGUAUAACUGAUUAUUGACGUAAAUAUAUUAGUUAUAAGCUCUUUUAAUUUAAAAGUAUUAUACAUUUAUUAUAGUACGUCUCUGUACAAAUUUUAAUUAAUCAAUCGACUAUAAUAUGAACUUAGAAUUUUCUGAAAAGUAUUUCUGAUAUGCACACAUGAAACAUUAUGCAAUAUUAUAAUGGUUUUUGUUAAAAAUUUGUAACAUAAUAUCUUUUUUUUAAUAUUAAGCACAAUUUAUCCUAUUCAUAAAUAAAUUACUCGUAUUUUUGUAAUUCGAUUUUACAAUACUAUUAAACUAUUCACUCAAAACACAAUUUCAAUUGUAGCUAUUUAUAUUUAGUUAUAUGGUCCAAAAGUAGUUAGGGUUUAAUUAUGUAUUUCUCAAUAUCUAUUAUCAUUUUUAUGUCAAAAUACCGUAUAUAGUUUUAAUAUUUAAUAUAGUAUAAAAAAACUACUUAUAUUUUGUAACGUACAUAGAGUAGAACCGUAGAUCUUACAUAUUAUUUAUCUACGUUUAGAGUAUUCUUUUACCUUUUCUAAAUAAUAAAUAAAUGAAAUAAUGUACUACGCUAUUUGCUACAAUUUAAUUAGAACUUCAUCCCCUAUUCUACGUAUAUUGAUUUACAAAACAUUCUCCCUAUAUACUGCGCAUAUUAAUUAAAAUUCAAGGAAUUUAUAUUUUUGAAAAUCUUUGAUUUUUACAUUAUAGUAAUUCAUCUAUUUUAGUGCU